AUGGGCGGGAGCCGCGGCCAAUGGGCGGCGAGCUUUUCCCCGCCCCGCCCCGCGGCCCCCCGGGGCUUCCCUUCCGGGGCGCAGGCCGCUUCACCCGGAAGUAGUUCCGCCCGGCGCCGCCGCGGCUUCCGGGUGGAGCGGGGGAGUCCGCCGGGUCCUCCCGCCCCCCCCCCCCGCUUGCUCAGGGGGCGCCCACUGUGCGCGCAGCGCUGGGCUCAGCGCUGGGCAGGGGCAGCUGGGCGGCACGUGGAGGCCUCCCCCCGCCCGGCCUCCAACGGCGGAGACGGACAAGUCAGUCGCAUCGAGAUUCAGCCUAAUAUCGGUGUCCGCUCGGACGACGACGCUUCCUACGAGAUGAGCGCGCCUGUGGUCCUUUUGAGGCACUUGUCCCGAAGGCUCGGGGUGCCCUUCCCGGCGCCCGGAGGGAAAGGAAGGGUUUCGAAUCUCCCGCCGCGGCCCCGGUACGGGUCCUCCCGGCCGCCGGUCCUCUGUCGUCCUCAGAAGGAGGAGACGGCGGCCCCGGCGGCCGCCGAGAGGCUGGAUCUGGACGGGUGGAAGGAGGCGGUGAAACGCGACGGAGGAGAGGAGGUCCCCCGGACGGCGCCGGACGGCGCGGGGGACGACGAGGCGGUAGCCACCAGAGACUUCAUCGAGAUGUGGAGACUCCUGGGCAGAGAGGUGCCGGAACACAUCAGCGAAGAGCAGUUCCAGACGGUCAUGGAGUGUCCCUCCAAGACAGCCAAAAAGAAAUAUUUAAAGUUCCUGUUUAUCAAGGAGAAGCUGAAAAGAGCCGACAGGGAGAGGAAGGAGAGGAGAAGGGCGGCGAGGGAGGAAGAGGCGGAGGGGGGCGAGAACACCGAGCACGAGGCGAAGAACACUUUCCUGCAGAGAAUCUACCAGAAGGCCAUGGAGGUCCAGUGGGGUUGGCGGGUGGCCCAGGCCAUGACCUUCGGCCAGCCGCUGGUGUACGACAUGGCUUACGAGCGCUUCAUGACCCGGAUCGAGCUGGAGAACGCCGUCAGUCAGCUCUUGGAAAGCGAAGGCUGGAACCGGAGAGCCGUCGACCCCUUCCACAUCCACUUCUGCAACCUGCGGGCGGACGGCGCCUUCCGCCGAGAGCUGGUCAGGCGCUACGGCGGCAAGUGGGACCGGCUGCUGCUGACGGCUUCGGAGAAGUCCCCCGUCGACCUGUUCCCCCGGAGCGACCUCGUCUACCUGACGGCCGACUCGCCCAACGUGAUGACCGCCUUCAGGCACGACCGGGUGUACGUCGUCGGGGCCCUGGUCGACAGGAACAUACAGAAGGGGGUGUCGUUCGCCAACGCCAAACGGAUGAACGUGGCCACCGAGCGGCUCCCUCUGGACCGCUAUCUCGACUGGGAUUCCGGCGGGAAGAAUCUCACCUUGGACCAGGUGACGCGCAUCCUGAUGUCCGUGAAGGACAGCGGCAACUGGGAGGAAGCCCUGAAGUUCGUUCCUCGGAGGAAGCACAGCGGAUUCGUCGACACCUCCGCCUAUCCGCGGGAGUUUCUGAACGGUCUGAGGAAGCAGCGGUCGAGGGGGACCGAGACGUUCGUCAGGCCCUCGGCCGGGGCGCGAAACGGACGGCAGCGGUGACCGAGCGGAAGACCUCAAGGCUCGAGCGCGUGGCCGGACAAACCCGGCGCGGCCGUUCCCGCCGGGGACCGACCCGACCGUGGAGUCCAGUGACCGCUCCUGUCGUUACUAAAGAAAUGCCGUCGGCGGGCGGGGCGGGCGGGGGGUGGAAGAGAUCUCACGGUAACAUGGGGCCGGGAGGGCGCGGAACCCAGCGCCGCCGCGUUGCCGUGUCGAGUGUUUCGUCCUUUGUUUUUUUAUGUGGAUCGAGCCCCUGGGUGGCCUCUGCCGGACCCUAUUAAAGUUCGACUCCCUGGUACCUCGA